CCCUCCCCCACUGCCCCCUCCCCCAAUUCUCCAUCCCCUUCCCUCCCGGUCUCUGAGGACCCCGUCCUAGCCCGACCCGUCUCGGCCCGCAACCUCCGCUAAGCCGUCGGUGCCACUCCCCGCCCAUGUGGGCCCCCGCGGGCUGCCCACGCCUGUCCCCCAGCUCCCGGUUCCGCUGGGCUUUCCCCUCGCCGGGGGUGGCUUUCUGAGCCGCCCGCUCCGUGCCCCUCUCUGCAGCCUUUCCUGCCACUCGGGGCCCCCGUUCCCCCUCCCGGAGGCGGGGGGCUGCCCCCGGGGGGCUGGCGGAGCUGGGCCGCGGGGGCCCCGGGGCCGGCGGUGCCGGGGUCAUCGGGAUGAUGCGGACGCAGUGUCUGCUGGGGCUGCGCACGUUCGUGGCCUUCGCCGCCAAGCUCUGGAGCUUCUUCAUUUACCUUUUGCGGAGGCAGAUCCGCACGAUAAUUCAGUACCAAACUGUUCGCUAUGAUAUCCUUCCCUUAUCUCCCGUGUCCCGGAAUCGGCUAGGCCAGGUGAAGAGGAAGAUCCUGGUGCUGGAUCUGGAUGAGACACUUAUCCACUCCCAUCACGAUGGGGUCCUGAGGCCUACCGUCCGGCCUGGAACGCCUCCCGACUUCAUCCUUAAGGUGGUAAUAGACAA